UGUUUUUUUUUUUUUUUUUUUUUUUUUCUUCCUACCCCACUUGGCAACAAUUAACCCUUUCCUGAUGCAGCAGGCCCUAGUGACUGCAAGCCCAUGUUUCUAGGUGCCUGUAUCCUUUUCCUAAAAUGAAUCACCAACAGCGAAUGGCUGCCUUAGGGACGGACAAAGAACUGAGUGAUUUACUGGAUUUCAGUGCGAUGUUUUCCCCUCCUGUCAGCAGUGGGAAAAAUGGACCAACGUCUUUGGCAAGUGGACAUUUUACCGGGCCAAAUGUAGAAGACAGAGGUAGCUCAGGUUCCUGGGGGAGCAGUGCACAUCCGAGCCCGUCCCGAAAGCUGUCAUGCAGUGUGCAGGCCAGUGUCCAUCCCCCCCGGAGGUGGCUGCAUAAUUAUGGAGAAGGAGCACAUUAUGAACACAUGGCAAGCAGGGACCUGACGUCACAUGACAAUCUCUCCCCCCCAUACGUCAAUUCAAGACUACAAAGUAAAACAGAGAGGGCUUCAUACUCAUGCUACGGGAGGGACUCAGAGAUACAGGGCUGUCAUCAGGUUUAUGCCCCAUCAGCAAGCACUGCCGACUACAAUAGGGAUUCACCAGGUUACCCAUCCUCGAAGCCAGCAGCCAGCACUUUCCCUAGUUCCUUCUUCAUGCAAGAUGGUCACCAUAGCAGUGACCCUUGGAGUUCGAGUGGAAUGAACCAAACUGGGUAUGGAGGGAUGUUGGGCAACUCUUCUCAUAUUCCACAGUCAAGCAGCUACUGCAACUUGCAUCCACAUGACCGUUUGAGCUAUCCAUCACACUCCUCUACGGACAUCAAUUCUAGUCUUCCUCCAAUGUCCACAUUUCACCGGAGCAGCACCAAUCACUAUAACUCCUCUUCCUGUACGCCGCCUGCCAAUGGAACAGAUAGUAUUAUGACAAACAGAAGCAGCGGACCAGCGGGAAGCUCGCAAACUGGGGAUGCGCUGGGAAAAGCUCUAGCAUCAAUCUAUUCACCCGAUCACACCAACAACAGUUUUUCUUCCAAUCCUUCAACUCCAGUUGGGUCGCCGCCUUCUCUCUCAGCAGGAACAGCUGUUUGGUCAAGAAAUGGCGGACAAACCUCCUCCUCUCCUAACUAUGAAGGCCCCUUGCACUCCCUACAAAGCCGAAUUGAAGACAGAUUGGAAAGAUUAGAUGACGCAAUUCAUGUAUUAAGGAACCAUGCAGUGGGGCCUUCAACAGCCAUGCCAGGAAGCCACAGCGACAUGCAUGGAUUAAUCGGACCAUCUCACAAUGGAGCUAUGGGCGGCCUGGGGUCGGGAUAUGGAACUGGCCUUUUGUCAGCAAACAGACAUUCCCUAAUGGUGGGAUCUCACCGGGAUGACAGUCUACGAGGGAGUCACUCGAUUGUGCCAAAUCAGGUGUCUGGGCCUCAGUUACCCGUUCAGUCUGCCACAUCGCCAGACCUAAACCCGGCCCAAGAUGCAUAUCGAGGUGAAGAAUUUAGUGCAUUAGAAAAAACACAAAACUACGUACUGUCAUUGUUAGGCCUCCCAGCUGGUCUGCAAGGACAAAACAUGUCUCCGGGCAGCUCCGAAAUCAAAUCAGACGACGAAGGAGACGAGAAUCUUCAAGACUCCAAAGGAUCCGAUGACAAGAAAUUAGACGAUGACAAGAAGGAUGUCAAAUCAAUUACGAGCAAUAACGAUGAUGAGGAUCUGACACCGGAGCAGAAAGCGGAGCGGGAAAAAGAAAGAAGAAUGGCAAAUAAUGCUCGGGAACGCCUCCGAGUGCGCGACAUCAACGAGGCCUUCAAGGAGCUGGGCAGGAUGGUUCAAUUACACCUGAAGAGUGACAAGCCACAGACAAAGCUUCUUAUAUUACAUCAAGCUGUAGCCGUGAUUCUUAGCUUAGAGCAACAAGUCCGAGAAAGAAAUCUAAAUCCUAAAGCAGCAUGUCUAAAAAGAAGGGAAGAAGAGAAAGUCUCCUCGGACCCUUCGCCUUUGUCUCUUUCAGGACCCCACGGUGGAAUGGGGGAUGCAUCAAGUCAUUUGGGACAGAUGUAAAAAGGUCCAAGGUUUUUUUUUUUUUUUUGCAUUUCUUCAUUUAGGCAAGAAGCCACUUCCUUAACAGCUGUAUUAUCUUAAACCCACAUAAACAUUUCUCCUCUGACCUUUUUUUGUAAAAUAAAAAUCAGACAAGUCUGAGUAGAUAUAUGCAUUACAGACGCAAGAGGUUUCAGCAUUCCCUACACCAGAAAUGAAAAGCGCAUCUUGGAGGAGGAGGCGCUCCCGACGUCUUCUUCAGAUUGUUUGGAGCAGUACGGGCGACACGGCUUAGAAAGUGAAUGGCAAUCUACUCCAUGCCGUGGAUCAAUGCAUUUGUGCCUAAACUUUUGAAAUAAAAAAAAAAUUAAAAAAAUAUUAUGAAUUUGUAAGUCUGAAAAAAAAUAUUUAAUUUAAAAUUGUAUACUUGCAAUAAUGAAAAAGUGUACUUCGGGGGGACAAAAACUAAAAUAACAAAAAAAGUUUUUUUUGUUGGUGUCAAAUUCCACUAGUGUUUAUAUUUUCUGGAGAAAAAAAAAAACGGGACGGGGUCUUUGGAACCCGAAUAUUUACAAAACCAGCAAGUGUCCGAAACAAAAAAAUAAUGAAGUGAUGAUAUUAGCCAUUCCUUAGGGUAGGAGGAACAGAUGGAUCUAAUAGACCUAUGACAAAUAUAUAAAUAUAUAUAUAAAUAUAUAUUAAAAUGUAGUGCAUAUGGUAAACUUUGGUUCAUUUGUUUAAAACUGUUUUUGCUCCUGUAUAAAUAAUAAUGAUGAAUAACUUUUUUAAAAAGAGACUUUACUGUAAAUAUUUUUUUUUUGUGUGCGUCUUUUCUGUCCCUAUUUUUGUUUCUUUAUUUUCCUUGUUCUGUUCUUGUGACUUGUCAUGUGAACUCUGUGGGGGGAGGUGAUGCAGCAGGAUAAUACGCUGAGCCUAGAAAUUGCUUCUCAGUCAUUAUACAGAGUUGUUAUUCCAGUCUAUGGGAAAGCAGGUCUUAAGACACACCAUGUACAUAGUGCAGGCAGCAAAAAAAUAAAAAAGAUUAAAAAAAUAAAAAAAGAAAUUUCAAAAAUGGCAUCUUGAGUUUUGCCAAGCUGCACAUUUGAGUCUAUUCUGGGAUUUUUUCAUAGGUACAAGGUUAGAAUGCUACAAAAUGUUACCACUGUGCCUUCCAAUGUUUGUAUCAUCAUUAUGGAAAUAAUAAUAAUAAAAAAUAAAAAAAAUAUAUAAAAAAUAAAUAAAUAAAAAAAUUAAGUGGCUGUGAUAUAGCUAACCAAUUUACAAGUGUUAACUACAUAUGUAGCUAAAUCGGUAUGCAACAAGAUUUUAUUUUUUAUUUUUUCCUAAUGUAGAAUAUCUGAUAGGUGUCUACUAGUAGAACUGUGUGCUUGGUGACCACUUGCUGCCAUUUUCGUAAAAUGUUUGUACAAAUAGCUUCAUGGCCUGGCCUUGUUAACACAGAAGGCGUCAUGGCCAAAAUGGCCUACCGUAUGUGUACGCAAGUGUUAUCCAGCUUUUUUUUUUUUUAGGUUUUUGUGGGCCAGUAUGAAUGUGAUAUGUUUUUUGGACUUUUUUUUUUUUUCAACAGCUUGGCGUCACUUUUCUUGCCGACGGAUAUUGGCAUGUACUGACCUGGCUACCACUACAGAUUCUAUUGGAUGCAGUAUGGUUUCUAUACGGUCCUCAUCUCUAGGCAUUUGUUAGACUCUUUUUUUGUCCCAAAUGUCCGCCUUUCAAUUUUUUUUUCCAGCCACACAAACUUGGCAUGUAUUAAACUCUUUCCCUCAUUUUAAGUAGGAUUAUCACCCUCGAAAUACCCCAACACGGCCUAAACGUCCAUCUGUUCUCCAGCUAUAUACAUUCAACAAACCGCAUUUGUAAAUUUUAUGCAACGAAAUGACAAAAUGUUAUCAUUAUUUUGGAAUCAUGUAUGUAAAAUUUAUAUUUUUACAUGUAGACUCUUGUUAUUAUGUGUUUUACUAUGUUGUAUUGUUUUUUUUUUUUAUCUGUGUGAUCGACAAACAAAAUCAACUUUUAAAUUGAAUCUUCAAAAUAUGCUACAAUUUAUUCAUUUUUUUUUUCAUUUUGUUUCUAUUUUGUGUUUGUUUCCAUUCAUGAACAAGACUGACAGUUUCCCUGUAAAUCAUUUCAUUUCUUUACAUAUGUAUGAUGAAAAUCUGUAAAUAUGUUAAAUGUGGGAAAAAUGAGAAAAUGCCGUCAACGGUUUAUACAUUUCUUUUGUAAAUGUGGAGGUGGAUUAGGGUCAAUUGUACAUUAGUUUAUAAUGAAAUUGAUGGGUCGCUAUAUAUAUAUAUAUAUAUAUAUAUAUAUAUAUACAUAUACAUAUAUGCCCUGUUAUCAGCCGAUUCCUCCUUGCCCGUGAUGUUAUUUCAAUUAACAAAAAAAGUAGAAAAUGCUUUUGUACAUUGUAUUAUGAACUAUUUUGCCGUUUUACAUUUUCACAGGUUAUACCUUGUCCGAAAAUUUCACCCAAAACCGAAAGUACCUACACAGAUUUUUGUAGAAUAUCACAACCCAUUUGGUGCUUUUGUUUUUUUCAGUGUCCAUUUGAAAUUUUUUGAAAAUGUCAAAAUUCAAGUACCUGGAAUUCUGAAAGGGGGAAGGAAUAGUAAAUAAUAGCAGUGCGGGCAUGAGUACUAUGUAAUAUUAGAGCAAGUAUAUACAUGAACUGUUAUGUAAACCUAUUUGACAACAUAAAGUGGUGCUUCUAUUUUUAACUCAAAGUCUAUGUGAAUGCUUCUUUUUCCAACCUUGAAAUAUCGUUUGGCUGUCUUUACUGUUUAGGCGUUAACACUUAAGGAAGAACUCCAAAUAUAUUUGUAGUCCAGUUCUCCGUUGCACAAAAAAUAUAUAUAUUGACAUACUCUAUUGGCUUACAUUCACUUUGCAUAGUGUUAGGAAAAAAUAUCAAAAUAUUUAAAGUUAAUUUAAAUAAGUUAAACAUUUCUAUAAAACCAUGGGGCAGUAUAUCAUAAUAAAACACAGGACAGAAAGGUUAUAUAGUUAUCUACACAUGGAUGAUGUCACUCCUGGGCCCCAAUACCGAUUUUGUAACAGUCACCCUCCCCCCCCCCCUUCUUCCACUACCAUGUGCCAUAUAUAAUGCUGGUGUAUACUUUUUUUUAGCAUAAGGGGCCCCUUUAGGGCCUGGGUGUUGUUGCUACAUCUGCACCCUAACUCUAUACCAAUCCUAAUGGCAGCUGUUAAAAAAAUGUAAGGUGCCCCUGUACAAAACGAGACUCGGUGGGAGUCAACAGUCCAGAUCAAUUCCACUAACAAAAAUACACCAUGACCCUUCAACCUGGCAAGUUAUCCAACCUAUCUUGUGAAGGAUUACAGAAUGUCCACUGGAUCUUGUGCCAUGAUAUAUAUUUGAGGGACCGUAAUGGGGAUUACAGCUACCCCUGGUAAAGGCCAAAGGAUAAGUAGAUGGCAUCAAGGGGAAAAAAAGUUUGAAAACUUCGUAUCGGACCCCCACAUCAGGUGUUUAAAAAAUAUAGUUUGUUGUAUGAUCCACCUCCACAUUGAAGUCAGGAUAUGUUUCACCCAACACACAGUCUGUCUUAUGGAAGGGGGUUCUUUGCAACAUCGUGUAGCUGUAACUGUUAACCCAACCAGCAAUGCUACUUAUUCUGGUUCAGUCUUCCAAUUUCCCAUCCUUUUUAAUUAUUUUGUAUGAUGUGGUGGGUGGAAAGGAAGCUUGCAGGUGCAAAAAGUGUUGGGCAAUUGACACAAUUCUAUGUGUCAUCAGCACCAAGUGAAACUGCCCUAGAAGAAAGCAGCAAAGCAUCGGAACAAAGAAGCACAAAUGAAAAUUGGAACAAAAACAAUACCAAGAUUUGAACACCGUUCCCGGCAUAUUGGGGUACCCAGCCAUUGUGUGCCCCUCAUUCUUUAUGAUGAAGGACUUGACAUUAAUGAAUUUUUGUGCAGUGCUGGGCUGUCAAUAUUCAUUUAAAGUAUUAUAGACAUAUUUAAUGGUGAAACUUUAUAAACUGUGGCCUUUUUCAUUGUUACUUGUAAUGCAAUUAAGUAAAGAUAAGGAAAAAAAAAAAGCAGAAAUUCACCAUGUAUCAGUGCCUGGCUUUUAUUAUAAUGUUUAUUUUGUCUAGUGCUCUUUUUUUGCUAUACAAAUAGACUGUAGUAUUCCCUGAAGCAUUAAAUAAAAAAGAAAAGAGAAAUAUAUAUAUAUAUAUAUAUAUAUAUAUAUAUAUAUAUAUAUAUAUAUAUAUAUAGCUUACAUUAAGAUAUUCCCUUUUUUUUUUUUUACCAUAAAAAAUUGGAAUUGUCCGAUUCUGAAUAUUUCUCUAUAAGUUUUCGAAUUUCGCCAACUCAAAAUCUUAUUUUUGUUUUAACUAUUUAUGCAUUGUUCUUUAUCUCGUGUUACAAAGAUGAAAGUGUACGGUGGUUCCCAUUUUGUUCUAGAUACUUUUUUUUUUUAAUUGGUCGCAGAGGGGACAUUUUGUUUGCGGCUGAACAAAUAAAUAAGAAAAAAAAAUAAAAAAAAAAUGGAAAAAGGAAAAGAAAAAAAAAGAAAAAAAUACAAAGAACAGUUACACCUUGUUCUGUGGCUGAGUGCCUCGACUUUUUCAUGUUUUGGUGUGGUUCUGAUUUGUAGAAGUGUCCAAACAGGUUGUAUGCUGGAGUUUCUUUGAGAAAAAAAAAUGCACAGCUUGGUGUAGGCCAUUACCUGUCUCUCAACAGUAGUUAUUCAAUGCAGCCAUGUACAUAACCGUUAUGUAGCAAUAAAUGUGCCGUUUUUAUAAACCUU